AUGUUCAAAGGGCCCGAGAAGGACAUCGAGGUCAUCUACACGGCCCCGUCCUCCUCCGCCGGCGGCCUCACGGCGCUGCUCUCGGCGUCCAGCCCAGGCCCGGGAGCCCACGUACACGCGACACCUGCAGCCGCGGUCACCCGGAGACUGGCCGGGGGCCGGGGGCCGGGCAUAGCCGUCCUGCCUGGCGUGGCUCCGCCUAUCUGCUCUCGGCCCCCAGAAGUACCUCCUGCUGACUUAGUCCCCAGACCCCUCGCUCCAAAUGCCCCGGGGGCUGGCACGACCCGGCCAGCGCCCCACACGCCCGUCCCCGGCCUCGGCGGAGGGAGGACCGGCGCGCUCACCCAGCCCUGUCCCCGCCUCUCAGGAAAGGCCGAGGGGCCUGGCGGGAUGCACGUCACCCUCUGUGACUUCAUCGUGCCCUGGGACACCCUCAGCGCCACCCAGAAGAAAAGCCUGAACCACAGGUACCAGAUGGGCUGCGAGUGCAAGGUGAGCCCCCCCCCCCACACCCCGCAGGGCCCUGGGCCAGUGGGGGCGGCAGCAGGGGCCCUUUCCCGCGGGGGGACCUGGCGGGGGACCUGGCCUGCGGGCUGAGACGCCUCCGAGCGCUGCAGGGGAGUCUGAGGGGCGCCCGGCCCAGAGGGCCCUGGGGGGGCUGGCGAGAACCGCCACGCCCCGGCGUCCACGCCCCGGCCGCCCGCCAUUUCCGCCCGGGGCCUCGAGGACGCCGGCUCUGCGUGUUGAGAAUGCGGGCGCCCGGGCCCCCCAAAGGGGCACUGUCUCCUGGGCAGCUCGGGGCGGGCAGGAGCUGGGUGUGUGCCGAGGCCACGGGCGGUGGCCGGGGGCACCUCUGACGCCCAGGGCGGCCGCACCGGCUGUUGUCCACUGCCCCCCGUGCUUGACGUGCGCCCCAGCCUGCGGCUGCAGCGUCCCGGACAGCCCACCCGUGCCCGGCGUGACCCCGGGGCCAGCUGCUGCCGCUUCCUCUGUGGCACGAGGGCGCC